AUGUCGCUCUCCCUGUUCCCCUCGCUCAGAGCGAGCUCUUCCCGCCUACCUCUCGCUCCCGUCAUGCCCCUCCGGCGGCACUUCCACGCCUCCCCGCCCACCUCCGCCGUCGAUAUCGGAACGACCGUCCAGUCCGUGGACAAAGCCCUGGCGGACUUGCAAAAGUCAUCAGCGCAGAUGCGAAGGUCUGGGCGGAAUUUGGACAUCACGGCGAUGGCUACGCCGGUAAUCGAAAGAACGGUUGAGCCGCCAUUCCGCUUCAGUUGGCUCUUCCGAUCCAAGGGGAGGGCGUACGCUUCGCAGCGGUUCGUGAGAUUCAGGACGACACGGAAAUUCUUGAAUGAUAUGAUCCAGAAAGACCUCUUCCCCAAGCGGAAAGGAUCUAAUUUCUUGUCGUCCAUGGUGCAGGGCGUACUUUGCCUACGGCCGACGCACAAGGCAGGGUUAUUGAUGAAGGAUCUGGAGAACGUAUAUGCGCGGUUCAACGAGGCUCAGGCAGCUGGGGACGAAGUUCGGAUACGAGCUCUGGCCACUGGCGAAGCACUGGCAUUAUCUCAAAAAGUGGCCAAAGCGAAGCGGCAGAUGAAGUGGGAGCUAGUAAAGAGCAAUGCGGAGCCAAAGUUGAUCAGCGCGCGGAUAACACCACUGGACGCAGAAGGGAGAUUGGAAUUGGCACAGGUUGUAGUGCGAUUCGAUACAGAUCAGGCCCUGACGACAAAGGGCGGGCAGGGAUCGCAGACCAAGCAACAGCGAGUUGUGGAGAAUUGCGUGUUUGAGAGGCAUCUGCCAACCAAGCGCGGAUGGAGGAUAAAAGAGUCGCUGGAGACAAGCGUUCCGGACGUAUGA